AUGGGAAAGCUCAUCAAGAACCACUUGGCCCGUCUCAUCAUCAUGACAGCAGCAAUAUAUCAUAUCGCCGCCAGUCUUCAUGGGUUCUUCUGGCCCAAAUUCUUCUUCGACUUUUUGACAAAGAACUUCGACCCUGCCGUCAAAGCUGUACCGAUACUACAAACCAUCAAUCUCAUCUUCGCCCUCAUCAACCUGGCUUGGGAAUGGCCGCUUGAGUUCUUCGCUGGAACUGCAAUACACCGCUCGUUGGAGCUCAGAAUACUGUUAUUACCGCUGUCAAGCUUGGCAGCUAUGUUGUUGUACCAAGGGACCAAUCCGGCACUGUACUAUCUCAUCGGCUGCGGAGUCUACUUCUGGGCGUAUACUGAAGGCGAGGUGAUUUGUGCAAAGCCUUGGACGUUACCGCGAAGACCAAGUUAUCCGAAGCGAAUAGAACAAACAUGA